UGGAUUUCACCGAGACGAAACUCAGUGAGGUGUUUAGUGUUGCUCCAGUUUCAAUCAUGCGUUGUUCAGUUUUAUUCCUUGCGGCGGCUUUUGCAUUGGCCACCGCUGCUCAUAAAUCUUACGAUGGCUACCAAGUUUUGACCGUCAAGGUGAAUGAUGCUCAGAAACUGGAUACGCUGUUCGAAUGGCAGGAGAAGGGAAUUGACUUCUGGGAUAAUUUGAACUCACUUGGUCGUCCAAUGCGUGUAAUGGUUCCUCCAGCUCUUACCGAAGACUUCCCUGCAUUCCUGCGAGACAAUGAGAUGUCCUAUGAACUUACCAUUCCAAAUGUUGAAACUGUUUUCCAAGAGGAAAGGAUGGUUCAGAUGCAGAGACGUGCUCGUGCUAUGUUGGCACGCUCCAUUUCACCCAGAGCCACAGCAGAUUUCUCCUACUACUGGCAGCCAGCUGAAAUUAACGAAUACCUCCGCCAAUUGGGAACUGAAUAUCCCAACUUGAUCACAGUUGAAGUAGCCGGCAACAGCUAUGAAGGUCGCGAGAUUCUUGUAGUCAGAAUUUCCAAUACAGGCUUCGAUGGCACCAAGCCUAAGAUCUUCAUUGAUGCCGGUAUUCAUGCUCGUGAAUGGAUUGCCCCGAUGUCUGCUUUGAAUCUUAUCCAUGAGCUUGUUGAGCACUCUGCUGAAAACACUGACCUGUUUGCCUGUGACUGGAUCAUUAUUCCAAGCGUAAAUCCUGAUGGAUAUCAGUACACGCACGAUAGCGAUCGUAUGUGGAGGAAGACUCGUUCCGUCAAUCAGGGCAGUUCAUGCAGAGGAGUCGAUGGCAACAGGAACUACGGCUACCGUUGGGGAUAUGGAACAGGAAUCAGUACAAACCCAUGCUCUGAUAUCUUCCUCGGUCGUCAACCUUUCUCUGAGCUUGAAGUUCAGGCUGUUGUGAAUGAACUCGCAAGGGAUGCUGCAGGCAUCAGACUGUACCUUAGCUUCCACUCCUAUGGAGAUUGGUUGCUCUACCCAUGGGGAUAUGACCGUGUUCUCCAUGACAACAACGAAGAACUCGAUCUUGUUGCUACAAUUGUGGCAAAUGCAAUCUUCCAAGCACAUGGACGUCAGUACACAGCUGGAAACUCCGCCAUUCUCCUGUACCCAGCUGCUGGAGCUAGUGAUGACUUUGCAGCUGCUGAACAUGACAUCCAACUUUCUUACACAGUUGAACUUACUGGUGGUGGUCCACGUGGUUUUGAUCUGCCUGCUGAUCAGAUUGUUCAGAUUACCGGAGAAAUCCUUACGGGGAUUCGUGCCUAUGCUACAUACGUUGCUGCUAACUUUUAAGUAAAAUAAACGUCUUUUUCAUUA